UGGUUGAACUUCGACCCCCACGUCCGUAAGAAACACCGCUCCCGCUGGAGGACUGGACGUUUGUCGAAGGGUUUGAAACCAAAAUAAAUGGCAAGGUGGGCCAAAUAGAGUCCUGUGUGUCCCCCCUCCUCCCUUGAUCAUGAUGAUGAUGAUGAUGAUGAUGAGAGACUGAGGGCCCCCCACAACACCUGGGGCCCCACCCAAAAUAGAACACAACGCAGAGCUAAUGGUGAGAGUGACGGGCGUGCAGCAGGCUGACCAGCAUAGAACAGCGUGGGACUGCCCCCGUUACAUUCACACUCCAAUCCAGUUGAUGGCGGUAAUGCGCCAACUCGUUUGCCAACUGCCAAUAAACCUGGAAAAAAAGACGAAGAAGACGUCGGAAAUAUUAAGAAGACGACGAAGAAGAAACGCUCGUUUGCCCUGACGGAGUGAACAGGACCUUUGCGGGGUUUGGUCUUCCUCCGCACCUCUUCUAUUUUCCGAGGUGGCCUGUGUGUCGCCCGUCAUGUUCAGGUCAGGACUGCUUUCCAGGCUAAACGCUGCCCCAAGUCCCCGAGUGCAGUCCCGUUUCAGAGGACCAUGCCUACUGAAGUGUCCGCAGAGUCCUCUCCCACGUGGUCCGCCACCCCGUUUACCCAUUCACCGACACAUGGCUGGCGCCGUCCAGCAGAGCAUCUCUGGACCCUGUCCACUUCAAGUGCCCCCCCUUGCAAAGUACUCUGACCUGUGCACAGAUAAGUACAGCACCAUCUACACCUUCCCCCACAUCAAGCUCAUCAGAGCUUUGUCAAGGCUUAAAUUGCUUCAAACUGGCAUCACCGGCGUCAUCCUGCCCCCCACCUACUACUUGUACCUCCAAGGGGACGUCUCCUUCUUCUUGCUUGGCUACUCCACCGGGAUAGCGCUUUUCGCAGGCGUGAUGUUGUACACCGCGAGCCACUUCUUCCGGAAAGUGGUGGGCAUGAUGUACCUGGACUCGUCCCAGACCACGCUGAAGGUGUCCCAUCUCACUUUCUGGGGCAGUCGCCGUGAUGUGUACCUCCCUGUGUCAGACGUUAUGACCAUCGGGGAUGCGGGGGACUCUGAGGGCGAGCCGGUGCUGAGGCUGAGACGAUACAGUAGUCCAGAGAGCUUCUACUUCUCCACUCAGUUUGGCCGUGUGGUGGACAAACAGGCCUUUGAGAAAGUGUUUGGGAUGACAAAAUGAUGCAGAGGUUAAUGACGACGAGUCAUAUUUGUUUCCCCUUCAGAUAUGAUCAGUGAUAAAUGUUCUGAAGGGUUGAGGGGGGAUCUGAAGAGUUGAAUCUGUAAUCUCCGUUUAGUUUGAUUUGUCUCUGGGAUAGUUUAGCUGGGGGGGGGGGGACAGUGGUGCAGUAGUCAGCACGGUCGCCUCACAGCAAGAAGGUUCUGGGUUCGAGCCCCGGGGUAGUCCAACCUU